GAGCUUGGGCAUUGAAAUGGAUCGGACCACACGUUCAGGCUCGGCUGAAAUUGGCACGCACCGGCUACGAGAAGUGCGCCCUGAAGAGGCGCUGGAUCGUGAAUGCUACGCCUUAUGACAUCUCGUUUAGCCAGUCGUACUCGUUGGCGACGAAGCGCAUCAAGCUUGACUCGUAUACCUUCGGACAGAUUUUCCACUGUGUCAGCGAGCAAGUUGUGCUUGAGAUCGAGAAGCCAGGUUCCCCUCCUGCCGUUUGGAAUCUCGAGGAAGAGACAGUAACGAUCACCGUCACGACCUCGGAUUGGAUCAGGAUGGCACCCGAGGGAGCCAUCGCCUACGAUGGGCCUUGUGUCCGAAAACACUUGGGCCCAGACAUGGGUCACAUUCGCUUGGCAGCGCUGGGGCACGGCAAGGGGAGACAGUGCUUGGUUCUUUGCUGGUCCCCUCCUCACAUCUUGCGUGGAGUGCCAAUGCUGGAACUGGCGCGUUUCUUCCGGCGGGUAGUGACACAUCCACGCCUGCGAGAUCACUGGCAGGAAGAUGAAGUGACCGACGACACAAGCUGGCAAGACGCGCGAGGGCCAGGGCCACUGAUGGCCGUCCUGACUCGAGGAUCCACGAAAGCAACGAAGAAUGCUGAGCAUGCAUCGUCCCUGCACAACAGCAGUGCGAACAUGUAUAACGCUCUGACACAUGUGGUAGUUCCUGAGUCUUCGGUCUACGACUCUUCGUAUGCUGAGAUUCACACAAAGUAUGGUGCAGCAAAUCUCUUCGUGUCGCACGUGUGGGCUGAGACCGCGCAGAAUUCCUUGGAGGCCGUGCGCCGCCUCUACCGGUUUGUUAGGGAAAAUCAGCUGAAGCCACAGCAGGUGCGAGGAUGGUUCUGCACUGUGUGCAACAACCAGAGCCGGGUGAUCGAGGAACUGGGCUCCGAGGUUCGAAAGUCUCCAUUCUACCAGGUUCUGCAAUCCAAGAGCAUCGAGCAGGUGGCGCUGGUUUCUCCUCUGAAGGCCCUGAACCGAAAGUGGUGCAACUUCGAGUUCUCGCUGGCCAUCCAUAGCGACAAGCCCGUUUGGAUGGUCACCAGCGACGGUGUGGUGCAAGCUGGUGACGUGCCACCCAAGGCCCUGCGACAGAUCGCCGAAGCUGUCCUCAGCUUCCGCUGCCAGGAGUCGAGGUGUUCAACAGCAGCGGACGAAGCAAUGAUUGAUGCAGCUGUAGCAGAAAUGGGGGGCUAUGACCGGCUGGACAGCAAGCUGAAAGCAGUCUUCCGGUCCGCUAUAGAGGUGGCACACAGUCAAUUAAGCGAGGCUUUCGAGAUGGUGAAGCUUGAGGAUACGUCAAUCGUGAGCUUGAAUCUCUGUGGUGCAGAUGAGGUGGCGAAGAUCGCCGCCUCAUAUACCUCCUCUCGAACUUUGCGCGUGUAG